AUGGCCGACUACGGGAACCAGCAACGUCCAGAAUAUGCGCGCGGCCCCAGCCAUGGACAGCCUACGGGCGCACGGGAAACCGCCUUCACCAACAUCUUCGGCGCCAGUCCCCAAAUGGCCGGCCGCUCGCAGACCAUGACCUCGCAGUCUCAUAUGCGCAUGCCCGAUAGAGCUGCCACAAUGUCCAGCCAGACCGCCGAUAUGAUGCAGCGCGCCCCGCCCUUGCGCCAGCCAGUCAAUGGCUAUGAUCGUCGCCCUCACCCUCAGUACGAUCAGCGUCAGGGCCCCAGCCCCGGAGAGCAGCGGCCCAUGGACCCUCAGAAUCAGUACAAUCGCCCCAUGCCGAACGGCUACGGCCAAGACCCACGAUACCACCAGGGACCACCGCAGCCUCAACGCCAGCCGCAGCCCCAGUACCUCCCCCAGCCGCUUCGCCCAGAGCGUCAGCCAUACGGCCAGCCCCAGCGAUUCGACCCAAGAACCUCCCCUCCGGGGCAGCCCCCCUUCACCAAGCCUAUACCCAACCGCUUUCCCGGGCCCCCGGGCCCUGCCAUGAACUCUGAUCCGUAUCGCUCGCAGUCGCUUGCCCUGAACCCGCGCCCGCAGUUUACUCCUGGCGGCCCUUCGCACCCCUCGCAAGCCAACACCUUCCGCCAACAACCAUACAUGAAUCACAUGGCACGCACCACGGCCCAGGGACGUGUGGUGCCAGAACGUCCCGACGAGCGCACAAUGUCCAUGACUUCGUACACCCAAGUCCCAGAGCACACACAGACGAUGAGCGGCAGGAUUAUACCGAAUCGGAGGCGAGAAUCCGGCGGCUCUGAAAUGGCACCGGGACCGCCCGGACACCCACAAUCCCACAUGAACGCUGGACUCCCGCCAAAUCCCAGAAGCAUCAGCCAAGGUAACAUGCCGAACCAGUCCCGCACCAUGUCCAUGGCCUCGACCAUUGUGCCCCCGUCAGAGCGGACAAGCACCAUGUCUUCCAUGACGUCGCGUCCUGAUUCCACCCAGACUCUGGGUAGCAACGCCAGCAACAACAGAACCUCCAACCAGUCCAUGACAUCGCUCUCAACAGCUAACCAAGUUCCUGCUGCUCAACGGCGCGCUCCUCUCGUCUAUCCCGCCUUGCUAUCAAGAGUCGCCGAAACUUUCCAGGACCGAGUUGGCCUGACAGAGAAAGAAAAGGACGGGCUUGUGUACAAGAGUGCCUUUACGGGUGCAGAUGCAGUCGAUCUCAUCUCCUUCAUUAUCAAGACGACGGAUCGUAAUCUAGCACUACUCCUCGGUCGUUCACUCGACGCCCAAAAAUUCUUUCACGAUGUCACAUACGCCCACCGGUUGCGAGAUUCCACCAACGAGAUAUACCAGUUCCGUGAGACCAUGGUGGAGGACAAGUCUGAGAUCAAUGGCGUCUUCACUCUUCUAACUGAAUGUUACUCUCCCACGUGUACACGCGACCGCUUGUGCUACUCGAUCGCUUGCCCACGCCGCCUUGAACAACAGGCUCGCCUCAACAUGCGCAUUCAGCCUGGUCUCAAGCGUGAGGAAUCCAGGGCGAGUUUGCACGAGGAUAAAGACAAUGAAGAGCAGAAACUGUGGAUCAACACGGUGCCCAAGGAGAUCUCUGACAGUGUAUCGGAGAAGGAACAAAAGCGGCAGGAAGUCAUUUCUGAGCUCAUGUAUACCGAGCGCGACUUCGUGAAAGACCUGGAGUAUCUCCGAGACUUCUGGAUGAAGCCCCUCCGUAACCCCGCUACUUCACCUAUCCCCGAGCAUCGCCGCGAAAAGUUUGUCCGCACAGUCUUUUCAAAUUGCCAAGAAGUCUACAUGGUCAACUCUCGCAUGGCCGAACAGCUCACAAGGCGCCAGCAAAAAGAGGCCGUGGUUCGAAACGUUGGAGACAUAUUCCUCGAGUAUGUGCCACACUUUGCGCCUUUCAUCAAGUACGGCGCGAACCAGCUCUUCGGUAAGUACGAGUUUGAGCAUGAAAAACGUACAAACACCGGAUUCGCCAAGUUCGUCGAUGAGGUAGAGAGGAUGAAGGAGUCGCGAAAGCUCGAGCUGAACGGCUAUCUCACCAAGCCAACAACGAGAUUGGCCAGGUACCCGUUGCUCCUGGAGAACAUUGCAAAGUACACGGCCGAUGAUAAUCCGGACAAAGAAGACAUCCCCAAGGUUAUCAAGAUCAUCAAAGAGACUCUAUCAAAGGUCAACGUGGAAUCCGGAAAGGCAGAAAACCAUUUCAACCUGAUGCAGCUCAACAAGGAUCUCAAGUUCAGGCCCGGAGAGUUCGUCGAUUUGAAACUGACCGAUGAGAACCGACAAUUGGUGUUCAAAGGCACUUUGAAGAAGACUCCAACAGAAACAACCGGUGACAUCACGUGUUACUUGUUUGACCAUGCGGUCUUGCUGGUCCGGGCAAAGACCGUGAACAAGCGCGAAGAACAGAAAGUCUACAAGAAGCCCAUACCGCUAGAAUUGUUGGUCAUCACACAAAUGGAGGAAGUCAACCCCAAAUUAGGCAUUGCGAAAAGGCCAUCGGCAAACUUGAUUGCCGGAAAGGCUAUUGCAGCUGCCACUCCAAAGAACAACGAUCCAAAGCAGCAAGGAUAUCCCAUCACCUUCAAGCACCUUGGAAAGGGCGGUUACGAGUUGACACUAUUUGCCAGCACUCCAAUCUCUCAACAGAAGUGGAUGGAGCACAUCGACACGCAGCAGCGAAGUCUGAGGGAGCGCAGUAACAUCUUUACCAAGACGAUCGUCAACGAGGGCUUCUUCUCUCCGACCAUCAGAGUCACUUGCGCUGUUCCGCUGGACGGAGGUCGCAAGCUGGCUCUUGGUACGGAUGCUGGUGUUUACGUUGUGGAACGAAAGCCAAAGGACGCUUCGAUGCGGCCCAAGCGUGUACUGGAUUGCAAGGGCGUAACUCAAAUCGAGGUUCUCGAACAACACGCAAUCGUGCUUGUCUUGGCCGACAAGACGCUGUACUCUUACUCAACCGAGGCCCUGGAGUCGGACGAAUCACAGGCUAUGGUCAAACGACCACGCAAGAUUUGCCACGCCAACUUCUUCAAGGCCGGCAUCUGCUUGGGGCAACAGUUGGUCGCUGCAGUCAAGACGUCCGCCCUCUCGACGACCAUCAAGGUGUACGAGCCGAAGGAGCAGAUGGGCAACAAGAACAAAAAGUCAGGAUUCGCGAAGAUGAUGCUCUCCACCAGCGGAGCAGACCAGCUCAAGCCGUACAAAGAGUUUUACAUCCCCACCGAAUCGACGUCGAUACAUUUCCUGCGGUCCAAACUCUGCGUUGGCUGCGCGCGCGGUUUCGAAGUCGUCAGUCUGGAGACGCUCGAAACGCAAUCGCUUCUCGACCAAGCAGAUACUUCGCUCGACUUUGUCGUACGGAAAGAAAACAUCAAACCAAUUCACAUCGAGCGUAUGGCAAGCGAGUUUCUCUUAUGCUACACGGACUACUCAUUCUUCGUCAACCGCAACGGCUGGCGAGCGAGACCCGACUGGAAGAUUACAUGGGAGGGCACUCCACAAGCUUUCGCUAUCUUCAAUCCCUAUAUUCUUGCUUUUGAGCCUAGUUUUAUUGAGAUACGGCAUAUGGAGAGCGGAGGUCUGGUGCACAUCAUCACAGCCAAGAAUAUUAGAUGGCUGCACACAUCGACACGCGAAAUCCUAUACUCCUAUGAAGACGAACUGGGUACCGAUGUCAUUGCCAGUCUUGACUUCUGGCAGACUGCAAACGGUGGAAAGCAGUCGCUCGAUGUCCAGCGCGCAUAUGAGAAGAGCUAG